UGCUCUUCUGGAACUGUGGCACAUCAUCGAUAGCGACAACGGCUACCCAAAAAGAAGUGGAUGAUGCCAACCAAACAUGGUACAGGCAAAAAACUCUUCGCAGUGUCAUUCGACGGCACUAAUGUACAUCGGCUCUAGUAUAGCCCGGGAAUUGUUCCUGGGUCCUCAUGUUGGUCCGGAGAUGGAUCCAGGAAGGGGGCCUGGUUUUGGUCCAGGAUUUGAUUUGGGGUAGGGCAUGGACACGGGUCUUGGUGGUGUGUCGAUUGUCGGGUCUGGAGUCAGACCGGGUGAUGUAGGUUUUGGUGACACCUGCAUGGUGAAGUGGCCAGACAGGAUCCCUUCAUUGCUUGCUUCCUUAUCCACCAGUAGCUUGUGCAUAGUUGUCUAGAAUGACAUCUAGCUAGAGUCCCUGGGCAGGCCAUUCGAUUUGACCCAGGAGUGGGGGCUGGAAUUAGGCUGAGCGAGGUCCAGGAGCGGGGUCUGGAGUUGGACCAGUUGCCCACGUUGCACAAGGUCCAGGUUUGGUGAUUGUUUGGUUGGGCCACUGACCAAGUUGCUCUUGAGCAGCUUGUGGUGCUUUUCAAGCUGUGACAGUGGAGCAGAAUGCUCGCGCCCCCUUUCGUCUUUCCCGUAAACCUUACAUGCAGUACGGCCGUUAAUUUACGGUGGAUCCCAUUGUGGUACCGCGACGAAAGGGCAGCGACGAGGAUCGAGCACUGCAGACACUACUAGUAAGCCAGAAGGCAAGGGUCUCAUCUUUCUUCUUUCUUCGAUGUGCGAGAGAAAAGAGAGAAGAGCCGACCUUCGUCACAAUCUAUGAUACAGUAUUUCUGUUUCCAUAAGUGUCAACAUAAUACUGUGAUCUGCGAGCUGAAAACGGAGUGGAUUUGGAGCCAUUGACUCGCUUCCACGUUCCCUCCGUUAAGGUGUACACUAGUACCGUACUACUGUAGAGUACUGCUGUACUGUACGGCUAUUACCGGUACCUGUACGAGUACCUGUACGGACGAGUGUGAGUGAAUGCCUCAUUGAUUUCUCCACAAAAGCUCUCCUGAAAACCUGCACUGGAGGAGGAAAUUGACUUGAAAUUGAUUGAUCAUUCGUCAUUCCUACAGCAUACAGCCGUACUAGUACGCUACUGAAGCUCUCUUGUUGCAUUGAUUGCGGUCUUCUAUCGAUACAAAGGCCCCCAGACAUCCAGACACCACUUUUCGAUUUUGCUGUUGCUGUCCCCUUUCUGUCAUCAGAGCCGCAUCACUACGGUAGCCAACCAUGUCCCUCCGCGGCAGACCGACGGCAAAAAAGGAAGAAGGCGAACAAAGCCAGCUUUCGAUGGUCAAGAAUGAGCCGGCAGUUGAAGCACUUCUUCUUCAGUACCACGACACGAAACCAGCCCCUAACAAAGUUCGAAAAUUGGAUCCCCUGGAGCUUGCCCUAGCUGCAGAAAGGCCGACCAAAAUGCACAGGGCUGGAGUAGAUGAGGAAGAUGCAAACGAAUCCAAAGCAGUAAAUACCAAGGGAAAGAAAAAGUAUUCUAACUUUUUCACCAAGAAAUCGCAGGCAUGGACCUAUAGUGAAAAAAGGACCCGAAGACAAUGGGAUGUUACCGUAGCCAUGUUGGGCUCUGAAGAGUACGGAGAGAGAUCAGACUAUGUACAAGCAUUUGUCGAACAUUGGUUUCAGUAUCCCACGGUGCCUAUUGACAGACGGACGAUCGCUGCUGCUGACGUAGCAUUGCAGUGUCAAAUGAACCAGGGCAACACGGAUGUCUCUAUCUUCCUGGUCAACUCUCUUUGCAAGUUUGUCGAUGAGAGUUUUGGUCAGCCAAAGUAUCGCACAUUGUUUCUGGAGUGCGAUUUUGUGGGUAUCCUUCAAAACUUCAUGUCUCUGAAACCUCAAGACGUGAAUGUGGUUCAGUGCGGUCUCGUUGCCUUGUCCACUCUUCUUGGUAACCACAAGGAUGCGGAAGGGCCCAAGACGUCUAGUGUGGAAGUCAUGACGCUUGUGGUCCAGGCGUUACAGGAUUUUAAGAAGUCGGAGGAUGCUGUCGCCGUGGCCUGUGAUGCACUAAUGAACCUGCUAGUAUUCAACCGAGAACCUUGCUCCAAGAAACUAAAAGAGCUCCAGGGGCCUCGGAUACUAAGAGACGUACUUUCUCGAGCUAUCGAUAAAGGAAGUUUACUGGCGAAAAGUUCCAUUGUUUCGGUGUUGGCAGAGCUGUCCGUCUCGUUGGCAGAGACGCUGGCGUGGGAAAGCAAUGGUGAUCUCCUGUAUAUGGUGCCCGAUGCCAUGGUUGCGUGCAGCAAGCACCGCACUCAUGCAUCAUCGAGACACGACAACACCGCAACAGACGAACACGCAACUUUGCAAGCUAAGCGCUUCGAGUCUCUGUUGCAACAUGGAUUCCUUUUCCUAUCCAAUGUCACGGACCCGGCCACUAGUGCCAGUGCUGGUCGGCGUCGUAUUCGCAGACACAAGCUGCGGGAUCUGAUCGAGGUGGCCAAGAAAGAAAAGUACGACGACUGUGCGCAAGAGAACUUUCUGUCCCUCUUUUACAAUCUGUUGAGUGAAGACACGUUUGAUGAUCUGAGACAAUACGAAAAGGACAUUCGUGCGAUUGUAUUGGAUACGCUGCAACUCCAUCCUACAAGCCCUGGACUUCUUGACUUUUCGUUUGACCUGAUAUCCAUCUUUUCGGGAAAGAUUGCACCCAAACCCAUUGGAGAAGGCAACUUUUUUGCGUGGACCAUUCCCAUCAUGGACUCUUUUUCCGCUCGUUUGGAAGAAGGCACGGACGACGACGCUACGGUGGUUCUUGGUACUCUUUGCUCGUUAAUGAAAGCCUUGGCACAGCUGCUAGUGGGUCACCCCGAAAACUGGGAACGGUUGAUACACGUGGGUGGCUUGGGAGCCAUUGCACGUGUCAUGCGAGCAUCUCCGGUCGUCUCGGACUUUUCCGACAUUCAGGAACAUGGAUGUGACUUGCUGGCUUGUCUGAUCCAAGGAAACGAAUCCGCCCUGAUGGAGUUGUUACGGCCUCCUGAAAAUGACUCUAGUAGGCCCACGAUGGAUCACAUCCAAGGACUGGCUCGUUCCAACGUUGACAACAUCCGGGAGAAAUUUGAAUCAUCGUUGCUCCCCGAGCUUUGCAAGCAAGUGAUGGUUGUCAUGAAAGCCACCAGCCGGGACGAUGGCAUACAGGCCAUGGGCUGUGACAUGUUGGUAUGGUUGAUUUCGACAAAGCCAGAAACGGUGGCUCCAUUAGUGUGGGACGACGACGCUGGUAUGAUGAAUCACUUGACGCAGUUGUGUCUUAUUAGUGACAAUUCAUCGCUCCUGCCAAAAAAGUGCCAAGCAGUGUUGAGAGCUCUGUUUGAUCACGAUGGCGAAACGGUGUGUAACAAAAUGUUCCAGGCAGCCUAUGAAGUUGGCUCUCCAGAUCGCAACCCUGCGUAUAGCUUUGUAACGACACUGCGAGCGUCUCGGGGGGUCACAAAAAUGGAGUAAUCACAUGGCAUAGCAUGACAUGCGAUUGUUAGAUAGCCGCCGCGUGCAUUGCGGAAUGUGUGAUGGCGACACGCGCCGUCGACAAUCUACAACCCUUGUUUUGGAAAAAGGGUGUUGUACUAUUCAUCGUACGACAUGUAACUGAAUAAUAAUAGAUGUUUCCUUUAUUAUGCACUA